UUGGCCUAUAUCCUUGCGAGCACGUUGGUUCAAGAUUGCAAGUGCCGUGAUAAUCAAGAUAUUGACAACAAUCCUACACCAGUUUUCAGAGUUGAUUGGAUUCAAGGCUUACAUGUUCUACACAGGGGUUACUUGUCGAAACUCCUUAUGGGUUCCAUAAGUCACAUGGGAGUUUUCUCUGGAGCUAAACGCCCAUUCUCGUCAGGAUUUAAGUAGCCCUUUGUUCCUUCCAACAUGUCAAUACACUCAUUCUGAAUCAUCAUUGUCUCUCCUUCAGCCCUUUUGUCUAUACUGACAGGAUGGGGCUGUUUUCUAUUAUUCUCGCUACUCUCCUAACGGCAGCGCCAUGCUCCGCCAAUGGGUGCCCAACUUCACUGCCGCCGUCGACGCCAUCGGUCACAACCAAACAUGGGGCACUGCUGGGUGGGAAAUGUAACACAACAGAUGUAAACUUCUUCUUAUCUAUUCCUUAUGCAAAUCCCCCAAAGAGAUUCCACGCUCCUGUGCCGUACACUGGAGUAUUCGACAAACGAAACGCGACGGUUCCCGCCCCAGCCUGUCCACAGUUUGGGACGACUUUCAUUGAGACGGGGGCGCAGUCUGAGGACUGCCUCUUCCUUGACAUCUGGGUCCCGGAGCACAAGUCCCAUGAGUCUAAGCUGCCGGUCAAGAUAUGGAUCUUUGGUGGCAGCGACGAAGCUGGCGGCAUCUCAAAUGCAAUGUACACAGGGUGCUACGCUGCUGAGAACGCUAUCCAGGUUAAUAUCAACUAUCGAGUUGGGCCUCUGGGGUUCCUGGCUGCUGAAGAAGCUGGAAUCAGUGGUAAUUUUGGCAUACAAGAUCAGCUCCUGGCGCUGAAAUGGAUCAAGGCUAACAUUGAGUCCUUUGGUGGUGACCCUGACAAGAUGCUUCUUUUCGGACAGUCAGCUGGCGCUUUCAACACCUUUGCCAUUGCAACCAUGGAUGAGGCGCCUAGCCUGAUUAGUGCUGCCAUUAUGGAAUCGGGAGGCGGUGCCGAUUUUGCUUCAGUUACGGAGGCGCAGCCUUGGAAUGAUCUUUUCCUUACUGGCUUGGGCUGCCAGCCUUCAAAUUUCUCGUGCAUCAAUUCCAAAAGCGUAGCUGAAAUGCAGACGGCCGUUUUGCAGAUGCCCGCUGGAGUUGGACCGACAAUUGGCAGCCCCAUCUCCCAUCUCGGCCGAGGCUUCAGCUGGGGCCCUCUUGUAGAUGGCAAAGUAAUCCCCAAGGCGCCUGCUUCAGCCGGCGUCAAGGUUCCAUCUAUUUUCGGCUCGACCGCUUCAGAAGGCAUGCUCUUCGUUUUGGCAACUUACUCACAAAACUUGACAAAGCAAACUCAGGAUACUUAUGACGAUUUCUUGAGUUAUCAGUUUGGCCCGCUUGCGUCGCGUGUCAACUCCACCUAUCCGCUCUCCAAGUUUCCACCAACCGCCUCUAUUCCUAACUCUGCCGACGCUGCCAUCGGUGCCAUCUUUACUGAUUAUGCCUUCAAGUGUACGGCUUACAGAGGUCUUGAGAAGGGUAUCGCCAACAGGGUGCCUGUUUUCGCCUAUUCCUUUGCCCGCGUACCCUCAUGCAACUGGAUGACAUCUGUUCCCAAUAUCCCAUUUAUUCACAGCUUUCUUGGUGCCACGCACACCGCAGAGCUUCCGUUUGUCUUUGGCGUGCUGGAUGGACUGCCUGCACCUGGAGGGAACUGCUCCUCGAGUGCAGAUGAGUUGCAGGUCAGCAAGCAGAUGAUAUCUUCGUGGGAUAGUAUGGCAGCUGUAGCAAGCCCUGGAGCCCAUUGGCCACGCUACUUUGGAGGAAGCCAGGGAAGAAAGGGCAUGGGAAUGAUGUAUCUCGCGAAUGAGACAGUUGUGGGAGAGAUGGACUACAGCGUUUGUCCAUUCUGGGACGAGAUAAGAGAAGAGCUAUUGACUCUGCAAGCUCAGGGGAAAGUGAGCGGGCCCUAAGGACGAGAGCAGCGGCAUUAUGGGGUUGGGUGAUUUUCGUUCUAAAUCUCCGGAUCAGACUAAUCCGAUAGAAUUUAUUAAUCCUUUCAAUACACUGCCUCACGGC